AUGUCUGCUAAGGAUGACUUCUCCUGGAAUGUGAUGCUUUCAGCAUAUGUUAAGAAUGAGAGAAUUGAGGAGGCUUUUCAGUUUUUUGAGUCAAGAUCAGACUGGGAUGAGGUUGCCUGGAACACAAUGAUUUUAUGUCAUGUCAUGCGUGGAAAUAUGUCAGAAACUAGGAGAUUGUUUGACAAACUUGGAGAACGUAAUGUGAUCGCGUGUACAACAACGAUAAGCCCUGUCUCUUACAAUGCUAUGAUUUCUGGGUAUAUGUGGAUGGGAAAACUUGACGAUGGAAAAGAACUCUUUGACAAGAUGACUGAAAAGAACUUGAGAUCUUGGAAUGUAAUGCUCAGUGGAUAUGUUAGGAACAACAGGUUUGGGGAUGCCCAGAAAUUUUUUGACUUAAUUCCUGAAAAGGAUGUUGUUCCGUGGAUUUCCAUGUUAAAAAGGUAUGCUCAGAAUGGGUAUGUUGAUGAGGCAAAGAAUAUUUUUGAUAGGAUGUCUGCUAAGGAUGACUUCUCCUGGAAUGUGAUGCUUUCAGCAUAUGUUAAGAAUGAGAGAAUUGAGGAGGCUUUUCGAUUUUUUGAGUCAAGAUCAGACUGA